AUGUCUCGUGCUCCCACCGCAGCCGGAAACGCCGCCGACCCCGCCGUCGACGCGCUGCUGUCAUGCGUGCGCCGCACGCCGGCCGGCGGGCCUCUGGACGGCCGGGCGCUGGCGCAGGCGCUCGCCGUCAUGGACAGCCGCGGCGUGGCGGCCGCGCUCAAGGAGCUGUCCCGUGGGCAGGCUGGCGGCGCAGCCGCGCGGGAGGUGUUCGACUGGCUCUGCGCGCUGCCGCCCGCUGACCCGCUGGCACGGCUGUGCGACGUGUACACCUUCACCGGCAUGGUGGCGAUGUGCGUAGAUGGCCAGGAGCUGGCGCGCGCGAUGGGGCUGGUGGAGGAGAUGCGGGCGCGCGGCAUCCAGAGGAAUGUGCACACGUACAGCGCGCUGAUGAAUGUUUGCAUCAAGUGCGGCCAGCUGCAGCAGGCGCUGAGCGUCUAUAGGACCAUGCAGGCGGAGGGCUGCACCCCCAAUGUCGUGACGUUCAACACGCUGAUUGACUUAUAUGGAAAGACUGGCCAGUGGGCUGAGGCGCUGGCCGCGCUGCGGCAGAUGGAGGCGGAGGGCAUCAAGCCUGUGACGCGCACGUACAACACCCUCAUGAUCGCCUGCAACGCCAGCGGGCAGUGGCAGGAGGCCCUCGGCGUUUACAACAGUAUGCUGGCUGCCGGCCACACCCCCAACACGACCACGUACAACGCCCUGAUCAGCGCCCACAGCCGCGCCGGCAGCCUGGACCGCGUGAUGGAGACGUUCAGCGAGAUGGUCAGCCGCGGCUGCGAGCGCAGCGUGAUCACCUACAGUGCGCUCAUUAGCGCCUGCGAGAAGGCGGGGCAGUGGCAGGCCGCGCUCGACCUGUUCGAGAGGAUGCAGGCCGAGGGCUGCCCCCCGAACGUCAUCACCUUCAACAGCAUCAUCACAGCCUGCGGCCAGGGCGCCCAGUGGCGGCAGGCGUCGGAGAUCUUCUCGCAGAUGCAGCGCAGCGGCUUCCGGCCGGACGUGGUCACGUACACCGCCCUCAUCUCAGCGUUUGAGCGCGGCGGCGAGUGGCUGCGCGCCCUUGAGGCCUUCAGGCUGAUGCAGGACAAGGGCUGUGUGCCUGACGCGAUACUCUACAGCGCCCUGCUGGACACCCUCUGGGACACCGGCGUCGCCUGGGCGCAGGCCAAGGCCGCGCGCCUGUUCAGGCAGGCGGCCAGGCAGGGGCACUUCAAGAGGCCGCCGGGCCCGUCCGGACAGAAGUGCGAGCUGCCGCUGCAGCAGCUGAGCCCGGGGAUGGCGCUGCUGGCGCUGCACUGCUGGCUGGCGGAUCUCGGGGCCCUGGCCGAGGCAGGCGGCGCCGCGGCGCUGCCCGCGGCCCUCAGCAUCUCCCUCGGCCGCCCGCGCCAGCGCGACGCCGCGGCGUCCGCCCUGCGCGACAGCGUGUACGCACUGCUGCGGAGCUACGGCAGCCCGUUCGCGCCGACGUCGGGCGACGGCCUGCCGGCGCCAUCGAGCGGAGCGAGCGGCAGCAGCAGCGCCGGCGGCAGCCCCAGCCGCGCUGAAGGGGGCGGCGGCGGCGGCGGCGGGCAGGCCAGGGGUGCGGGGGCGCCUGGCACCUGGACAAGGCUCGAGGCGUCGGGGCCGGCGGUGGCGGCGUGGGUCUUGCAGGAAAACGUGCGCCACGCGGUCGACAAGUACGCACCCGCCCCCCUCCCCGCCGCGCCCCCCGGCGCCCAUGCUUCCGCCGCCGCCGCCGCCGCGAGCGCCUGCCCAGAUUUCGACGGCGCCGACGACGCCGUCGCGGCGUCCGAGGCGGAGGCCGGGGAGGAUCUGGUACAGAUUUCGCGCGAGCGCGCGGCCGAGGGCCGCAGCCGCGACGCGUUCGCCGCCGUUGCGCACUUCGAGAAGACGCGCUGCCUCAGCGUGCAGCGCAUGGGGCCGGGCUACCUUGCAGCGCGGCCGGGGGUCGCGCGGGGCGCGGCGGCGGCGGCUCGGGCGGCGGGGGCGGAGGCGGGGGCGGCGCACGACGCGGUGCUGCUACUGGACCGCGCGGCCAGCACGGGGGCGCCGCUCGAGGGUCCUGGGUUCCCUGCCUUGACGGCCGCGUGCCUCUACCUCGUCGCGUCCACAACCUCGGACGGCAGCCGCACGUCCAAGGCCCACGCCCCCACCGCGGCCCAGGUGGCCGAGGCGGCGGGAGUGGAGGAAGGGGCGCUUGUCCAGGCGGAGGCGGUGGUGAGGGCGGCGCUCCAGAGCCCCGAUUUCCCCUAUGGCGAUCUGGAGGCCAUCUCGGCGCUGCGCUGCCUCACCCUCUACUGCGACCGGCUUGCCGGGCCGGAGCCCGCGCGCCUAGACACACAUGACGGUCACGGCGGGGAGCGCGCACGGCAGAUCGUCUGCGCCGCCCUGGAGGACCCCGAAUUCUUGAACUACCGCCCCUCCAUCACCGCGGCCGCCGCCGUGUACGUGGCGCGCAUGCAGCUGGGCCGCCUGCCCUACUGGCCGACCGCGCUGAGCGCGCUGACAGGCUACAGCGACGGCUGCACGCCGGAGCUCGCGGCCGCGAUCCGCGGUGCGCAGCGCCUAGCGAGGGCGCCGGCCGGGGCGCCGGGCGCGCUCGGGGCGCCGUCCUCCCCCGUCAGCGGCGGCGGCGGCGGCAGGGGCCGCGCCGGCGGCGGGGCGGGGGCCGGUGGCGGGGCAGCCGCCGAGGCGGGGGGCCCGACGGCCGGUCCUGGGCGUGACGGGGCGUGA